GCGUUCAAGCUACGGUGGCGACGCGUGAACUACACACAUACAUACAUAAAAAUAAUUAAUUCGGCUGCGAAAGCAAUAAUAGAAUAUAAUUUAGCAACGAAUUUUGUCUACUCGGAAGUAAUCGGUUGAACAAAGUCUGAUAAAAAUACGCUACGUUUUUGUUGGUGCAGAGGUGAUUCCCCAAAUGACGACAAAAGCAUAAAGUAUUUGCUAAAUUUAUGCACAUAAAUGAGUACAUAUCAACAAAAGCUAUGAGAUAAUAAURAAACAUUAAAAGARGAGACAAAUUUGUAGUUUUGUGAGACGUAGAAACAAACAUACAUAUAAAUAUUUGCAGCGUGUUACUUAUACGCCAUUUACUAGUGUGCGAAAAGUAAAUGAAAUAAAAAAAUCACCUGUUAAUAAGCAUUAAAACAUAUUAUUCGAAGCAUUUUGUGCUGAAUAAGUGCAAGUGACAUUAGCAAAGUGUUGAUUGAUCGUCAAUACAGCAAAAAGAGACAAGAGGCAAUAGACAACAACAAAGUUCACUAGUGAAAUUGAUUGCACACUAAGAGUUAAUAAGUGCGAGCGGUGAUUUUUCGGCAUGCAAUGACAGUUACAGAUUUAAAAUAUAAAGUCAACAUAUUAGAAAGUUAAAGCGUGAACUGAAAACACAUGUGGACUGAACUGUGAAGUGCGAGAAAUAAAUUCCUUAACAAAUAAUAUAAAACAUUGUUUAAAAUAAAAACUAAAACAAAAUGGGUAUACCGGUAAACAAUCCAGAGGAUCCCGCAGGAUAUGAUUCCAACUACGCAAACAGCAAAACUUUCAGUGCAUGCAAAUGCAGCUGCAGUUGUAGUAACAGCAACUGUAACAGUAGCAGUAACGAUAACAGUAGCGAUAGUGGUAAUUGCAAUAGCAGCAAAUCCAGCAGUUGCAAACAUACUGGCUGCACAAAUAAGGCAGGCGCCACUACACUCACACUCACAUUUGCCAAUAACAGCAGUUACGGUGCAGCGAACAAUUAUCAGUGCAGCAAGACGGAAACAUUGGAUGCACCCCUAAUAGCGACGUCGAUUACACGUCAUACCAGAGACUUGGUUGGCAACUCAAAGGAAUAUCGUAUAGAGAGUAAUAAAAGCGAUUUGCGCAUCAUUGGAAAUGGCAAUCGGAUACGUAUCGGUUGCAAUCAGGGUAAUUUACAAAUUAUUGGCAAUAAUACAAGACUGAAAAUCACAAAUAACACCGGUUGCAUACGUUAUACGGGGAAUGAGGGACGCAUUUGCUUGGGCAGUGAUUCGACACAACAAAUAGUCGAUUACAUAGGCAACAAUGGCAAAUUGAAGGUGGUCAAAGCAGCGGAAUUAUUAAGUGAGAAAAUCAAAAGUCACAAACAAAAAAGCCAAAAAAAUGUAGAAACAUCGGCAACUACGAAUACUACGUCGAGUGUGGUGAAGUGUGCGACGUCAGCAAAGGUCAAGGUUGACGAGGCAACUGGAACGAUAUCGGCUGCUUCUCCGUCACACUCAACACCCAAGAAGGUGAAGGUGAAAUCCGCCUCAUUUGGCGGCGAUUAUAGUGCGCAAUGGCGGCAGUUCAAUGAGUUGUUCGAGCAGCAUGAUUGGCGUAAUUUCGAUUUUGCAUCAAUGCCGAAUUUGAAGUGCGAACACCCUGUUGGUAAAGAGGCUGAACAAAGUAAUAAUAAUAGUAGGAGUAGUAAAGCUAAUACUAAAAGCUGUAAAAUUGAUAAUAAUAUUAAUAUAGUGAGUACUUAUGGUAAUAUCUGCAUAAAGAAUGCGGUCAAUGUUAGUAUGUGAGUGUUGGAGGAAAGCUUAAUAGCAGAGUAGCCAAUUCAUAAAUUGCUAAAUUUGCUAAAAACCAAAUAUGACAGUAUGAAAAACUACAUAUAACAAGUAAGGCAGUAAUAUUUCUAAAUAAUUAUUGACUUCAUAUCUUAAAUAAAAAAUAUUAAUUGUUUAAAAAUAGACUCAUUUAUYAAAAUGUAUGUAUGUAUAUUUAAGUAGUAACAAAGCUCUCUACGAUAAAUAUGAUCUAUGGCAAACAUAAAUUUAAGUUAAAAUAGUGAAUUGAGUCAUAAAUGACAGUAUGUAGUUUAAAAAACGUUUGACUGUAUUUAUGCCAGCAAUACCUCUUGCCUUGUAUUUGUAACUUUAGUGCAGAAAUAACUUUUUGUUGGAAAAGAAAAAAAAAAACUAAGAAAGCAAUGGAUAUUUUGGUUAUUUAUUCAGUUAAUUUUUUAAUUAAUAACGGAAAUCUUUAAUUAAUUUUGAAACCAUCCUGACAAGUUAAGUUAAAGUCUAACUGUGAAUUCUUUUUAACUGUCUUUUAUGUUGUAGGCUUUGUAGCACUUGAAAAAACUAAAAAAAUAUCCAUGACAAAUAUUGUAUUUAUUUAUAAAAAAAAUAUCCAUCACAAAUAUUGUAUUUAUUUAUAUUUUAUAUAUUUAGUAAAGAUUUGAAUAUAUUUUAACAAGUGCACUGAAGAGCUAUAAACUUUAAGUCAGUGAAUUGUUCCUAAAAAUCAUAGUCAACAUACAGAAAGAACAACAACAAACUACACACAAUUAAUUUUACCAAAAUACGCUUAAACGUAAAGUAUUAUGACAAUAAGAAUAUUCGUAGUAUUUACACUUGAAAUGCAUCAGACUAAAAAUCUAGCGCAAGUAUUUAUAAUCUAGUGAAAAUGCUGUAAGCUACAAGUAAACAAAAAUAUUAUGUCAUUCCAUGAAUGAUAUGUAAUAAAAUUACAUUUCAAUUAAAA